ACGAGCACGAGCGGAAGUCUCGUUUGUUGUUCUUCCUUCUGCUUCCGUGAGACGUUCAGGGUCUAAACGGGUUCAACAGCCUGCCAGCGUCUGCAUCUGCAUGUCUCCACCAAUUUCACUCUAUAAACUGUCUUCUACCGCUCCCGAAUGAAGAUUAACAGGUAUGCCAAAGGAAAAAUAUGAUCCUCCAGAUCCCCGCAGAUGUUACACCAUCAUGCCAGCGGAGGAGGCGGCCAGUGGGAAGAAGUCUUACUGGGCCGAACUCGAGAUUUCUGGACGGGUGAAGAGUCUGAGCACCUCGUUAUGGACACUCACCCACCUGACGGCGCUGCACAUCAACGACAACAACCUGAGCCGCAUCCCGCCGGACAUCGCCAAGCUGCCCAACCUGGUCUACCUGAACCUGUCGUCCAAUAAGCUCCGCAGCCUGCCCGCCGAACUGGGCAACAUGGUCUCUCUCAGGGAAUUGCUUUUAAACAACAAUUUUUUACGAGUUCUGCCUUAUGAACUUGGGAGGCUUUUCCAGUUACAAACCUUGGGGCUAAAAGGAAACCCUUUGUCCCAAGACAUCCUCAAUCUGUACCAGGAGCCGGACGGAACCAGAAAGCUUUUGAACUACAUGCUCGACAAUCUAGCAGUGCACCCAGAGCAGCUCCCCCAAAGACCUUGGAUCGCUCUGAAAGAGCGAGACCAAAUGAGUCCUUCAGCCGUGUUCACGGUCAUGUGCUACAACGUGCUGUGCGACAAGUACGCCACGCGACAACUGUACGGCUACUGUCCGUCCUGGGCGCUCAACUGGGAGUACCGGAAGAAAGGCAUCAUGGAGGAAAUCACCAGCUGUGACGCUGACAUCAUCAGCCUGCAGGAGGUGGAGACGGAGCAGUACUACACUAUGUUUCUGGAAACACUAAAGGAGCGCGGCUACGACGGCUACUUCUGCCCAAAGUCUCGUGCCAAACUGGUCUCUGAACAGGAGAGGAAACACGUGGACGGCUGCGCUGUGUUCUUCAAGACCGAGAAGUUUACUUUGGUCCAGAAACACACUGUGGAGUUCAACCAGGUGGCCAUGGCCAACUCUGAGGGCUCAGAGGUCAUGCUGAACAGAGUGAUGACCAAAGACAACAUCGGGGUGGCCGUUCUGCUGGAGGUCAACAAUGACCUCUUCUCCGAUGGCAUGAAGCCACCACAGGAGAGGCAGCUGAUCCUGGUGGCCAACGCCCACAUGCACUGGGACCCCGAGUUCUCGGACGUCAAGUUGAUCCAAACCAUGAUGUUCCUGUCGGAGCUGAAGAGCAUCGCUGAGAGGGCCUCGGGCUCCGUGGCGACCGGUUCGCCGACCUCCGACCCGUCCUCCAUCCCCAUCGUCCUGUGUGCUGACCUCAACUCGCUGCCCGACUCCGGUGUGGUGGAAUACCUGAGCAACGGAGGAGUGGCCGAGAACCACAAGGACUUCAAGGAGCUACGCUACAGUGAAUGUCUGACCAACUUCAGCUGCAACGGCAAGAACGGCACCUCGGACGGAAGCAUCACACACAGCUUCCAGCUGAAGAGCGCCUACGACAGCAAUCUGAUGCCUUACACCAACUACACAUAUGACUUUAAGGGCGUUAUCGACUACAUCUUCUUCUCCAAGACCCACAUGAGUGUCCUGGGCAUGCUGGGACCGCUGGACAGCCAGUGGCUGGUCGACAACAACAUCACCGGCUGCCCCCACCCCCACAUCCCCUCGGACCACUUCUCCCUGCUGGCCCAGCUGGAGCUGCACCCUGCCCUGCCCCACCCGCUCAACCCCCUCAACGGGCUGCACCUGCCGGUCCACAGGUAGUGCAGCCUGAGAGAGAACCCCCCCCGCCAACCCUUCCUGCCCCACCUUCAAAACACUGCCCACCCCACCCCACCCCUCCAGCUUUAUACAGGACCCUGUACAGUUUACCGAUCAUGUUAAAACUCAAGACGCCAUCCGACCCCUCCAACCCUGAGACACACCCACCCAAAAGGAGUGAAGUAUUCGCCCGUUUGUUGCUCCUUUUUGUGUUUUUGCACACUGUAAAUGUUUGUUUUAAUACAUUUUUUUCUCCCCUUGAAAAGGCUUGAUACCAAAUGUUGGGCUUGGGAUGAAGUUGCUAUGGUAACCCCCAAUGUCAAUUUAUUUUUGCCUUAGAUGAUAACCGCUUGUAGAUUCUGCUCCUACAACAACAGACCUUAAUAACUAAUACUAUCAACUUUUUAAAGAUAAACUACACAAAUGUCAGCAGACAUGCUGAAUUUCAUUUGCUGUUUUUUUGACAUUUCACAGAGCUGUGAAAUAAUCUUUUUAGAGUAAAAACACAACAUAAUAUCAAUGCUGCACCACAGCAUGUAUGUUGUGUUAAAGUCACAGUCUAUAGAACUGGAGCCUGCUAUCACUCCCAAAUUACACUUAUUUUAGUGAAACACUACAAACGACUGAAAGUUAGGAAUGUUUACGAGGAUGUGAAAGGUUUGUUUACAUGCAUAUUUUUUGUAAACACAGGUCCAUAUUUUCAAUUCUGAUCGGCCGAGAAACACCAAAAUACUUAAUUCAAUUACAUGUGGAGACAUUUUUAAUGUUAAGAAGUACUGAUUUGGCUUUUUAAAAGUAAUGUAACACUAAAUUGGUGUGUUUCAUAUGGGAACUAGAAUAUGAAAUCAUCUCUUGUCACAGCUGCUUGUGAAUCACAUAACAGUGGAUUAUUUUAGGAGGCUUUCAGAUUGACACUUGCCUUGUGGAAAAUAAUGGAGAGUAUUCCAAGUUCUCGUCUUUCUGGAUCUCAUUUCCAUUGAUUAUGUCGCCAUCCUUCCUGCCAGGUAGCAAAUCUCAACCUGAAAGCCGCCUCAUGGUGCUGCGCGAAUGUUAACUGAGCUGCUACAUUCACUUAUAUUAAUUAUUUUUCUUCCAUAAUACGGGUCUUGAACCCCGCUUUGAUCAUACAGGGCUGCAACUAACGAUUAUUUUCUCGAUUAAUCGAUGAGUUGUUUGGGCUAUAAAAUGUCAAAAAAUGGUGACUGGUGUUUCCCCAAAGCCCAAGACGACGUCCUCAAAUGUCUUGUUUUUUCCACAACUCAAAGAUAUUCAGUUUACUGUCAUAGAGGAGUAAAGAAACCAGAAAAAAUAUUCACAUUUAAGAAGCUUUUUCUUAUAAUUUAAUCAAACUGAUCGAUUAUCAAAAUAGUUGGCGAUUAAUUUAAUAGUUGAAAAAUAAUCGAUAAAUCGUUGCAGCUCUAGAUCAUUGCUAAAUAUUUUACUUGCAGACGUAUCGUGUUCAUUUCGUCCCGAUUCAUGCUCACUGCAGUUUAAAAGAUGCAACUCGUGAGUUUUCUGAAGAACGACGAUGUAAUAAAACCAUAACAGGCCAAAUGAGAGCUCAAAUCCAAAAUAUUUAUAAGAAGCGCAACUAAAUUAACCCCCUAAUAUAUUCCUUGCUUUGAAAUAUAUAGUUUAUUUGUAACACAAUCCAACGACAAUGCGCUUCAUAUUUUUAGCUUUUGAAGUCGUGCUUUCAAACACCUUCGGUCUUAAAAGAGUAUCGUCCCGUUUCCCCCUCACCCGACUGGCCAAAGAAUCUCCCCAGUAUGAGUGACUAAAUAAGAUAAUAUUUAUUUAUUGGUGCCAGAGAAAAAAAAAAACUUCCUGAGAAGAAUCUGCUAAUGAUUCGUGACCAGGAGUCGAAUGUAUUUACCAAAGGCUCACUAUGAAAUUGGUUGUUGGAGCCUCUUAAUGCCAGAUUCCUGUGGACUUUGUAUAUUUGUGUCAGAUGAUUAGAACUAAUAGCCCUUUAUGUAAGUUGUACCUCAGGGCUAUGCUAUGCAUCCAUUAGUACCUCUCAAACUGAAGACGAGCAAAACCAAACAGGAAGCUAUUGGUUUGAAAAUCCUUUAUAAAGCACAGGUGAUGUAUGUACUUACAUACAUAUAUGUUGUUGUUGUAGAAGUCCCACGUCUUGGUGCAUUUUUGAUAAAACUGCUGCUGCAUUUUUGCUCCAUUCCCAAGAAGAAAAACUUGGGGAAACUUAAAUGUUUAAGUUGUCAGAAGAUGCAAAAAGCGUUCGGAUAAAUUUGGUUGAGACACUUUAAAAACAUUUGGUUUCGUUGUGGCUUUUAAGAGAGGCUCAAGGAUCAAUGUUGGAUCGAAUGCAGGGGUACGACUGGGUAUCAAAAUGUUUAAUGUUGUCUAAACCAGUGGUUUCCAACCUGGGGUCCAGGCCCCCCUUAAGGGCGCGAUAAAGAGAUCACAGGGGGUGCGCCAGGAUUUGAUAAAAAUCAUAGUAACACACUUACUGGAUAAUUUACACAAUAGUCAGUAUAUCAAAAACUAUUAUAAGAUAUAUUCUUUUGCUACUUAGUAGCAAAAUCUGAUGAAAUAUUCUGCUUCAAUCCAUAUUUGUUGGCAUUUAGCCUUUCAAAAACGUAAUUUUCACUGCGGUCAAAAACCUAUUGGCUCUCCCGCUUGACGAACACAAAGGGAGGCAUAAAUUAAAUUACAUUUAUUUUAGUCGUUCCAAAAAAAAAAGAUCAUAUGUGUCUGCAUUCACUUAGCGAAUCCGUCAAGACAUCAUCACUUUAUUUAUGUUGACGAAACUGACGAGUUCUAUUCAUUAAAGAAAGUUGAUUUAAUAAAAUAAAAAGACUAACUCAUUUAAUAUACUGAAUUACUUUAUUCAAAUUGAGGAUUUUGUUUGAGGAUUUGUAAAAUUUUUAGGGCGAUGUAGAUACAAGUAGGGGGGCUUCAAGGACAAUAGGUUUGGAAUCAAUGGUCUAAACCAGUGGCUCCAAACCUGAUGGGUAGCAAACAAGAAAAAUCUUUAUUUUUUACCUUUUAUCUUUGGAACUCUUUACUAAUAUGUGCAUUUUUUUCUGCCUGUAUAGGUAGUUGGUGUCAGUUAAAUUCUAAAAAGAGAAUAACACUCUUGGUCUUUUAUUAAGGGUUCACAGGCAGAAAAGGUUGGAACCACUGGUCUAAACACAAUCAGCCAUACAACUACUUUACCUAAAAUAAAAAACUUUUGAUUUAAAUCAGGAACAAUGUGAUUAAAGAAAAAAGAUUAUGAAUCUGGUCAGACAUUCAAUGUCAGCUUCUCAAUACUUUGACACUUCUUGAUUGGUACAAAAGACAAUAUUGAAGUUUGAUACCCAGCCCUACCUAUGCAAGGGGACUCUAUAAUAGCUGCCUGCACAUGCACUCACAGUGUUCAACAUAUCUGGCACAUUUCACACUGUAGUGUCUGGUAAACACUGACGAAUGAGAUUGAAUUAGUUAAAUUAGUCAUUUGCUCUGUUCAGUAUUUGAAAAGAAAAGCCAUAAUUUUGGGAUAAAAGGUGUCAGCACACAACACGGCACCCUGUAACCUCAGCUUUAAACCGCAGUCAGAUCAGUUUAACCGGCCUGGACGGGCUGUAUCAGCUUUGCUUCAUUUUGCACAUGAUUUGACGCUUACGCUAACGGAUACACCUCCAGUUUUGGUGGAGUUGAUGAAGACUAUCUUUGUGAGAGCAUUUUGAGGCCUAUACUUCACUCCUAAACUCACCUCACAGGGUUUUCUGAUUUUGUACAACAGCUGUACAUAAAUUAAAUUGCCUUUGAAGACGGGGGCGUCUCUCACAUCUGUGAGGGGAACGUACCGUUCUCCGAUUAAGAGGGCGUAUUUUUUUUCUCACAAAUCAAAGAUGUACCUGGUGUUGUACUUUAUUUUCUUUGCCCGGUGCACUAAGAGCUCAUAUGUGAAUACCACCUCCACCUGUCUCUGAUACUCUUGUAGAGACAAAACUGGUCUCUGUCCAACUUUGUUUUUGAACUACGGGCAUUUUCUGUCUCAAACAAACAUGCAGUCUUUCAAUUGGUACUUUGUACAAUUCAGUAUUACCAAGUUUUUGAGGAGAAAAAAAGAUAAAUGUUCUAGGUUUAAAAGCAAGUUUGUCUUGAUGGCUUUUAUUUCUCCAGUGCACAUCUUGAAGUGUCCGCUCAAAGCUUUUCACGCUCUGAGAUGAUGCUUAUUCAAAAUUAAUUUCCCCUCUUUCACAUCUCUCUUCACACACAUCAUCCACAGCCACUUCUUUUCAGUUUUCCCCAAUAAUAUCCAAUUAUCAUUAGCGUUUUCCCUGUUAAUUUUGUCUCUGUAGAGCGCACCUCGCAUACUUUUUCUACAAACAACGUGCCUAGUUUGUACAAUUUCUCCAACAGCAGCACUGCCCAUGAGACCAAGACGCUCAGAGAUUAACCCAGCACCAUCAUCCAGCCAUCCAUCCAUCCAUCCUUUCAUCCCUCCAAAUCCUUCCUGAACCAACUCUUAUGAGGAACUGAAACUGAGGAAUCAUUGCUCACCUCAGACUGGUUUCUGUUUAUUUUUGUAUCCAUAACAUCGAGGACAAAUCAUUUUGUUUGUUGCAGUUUUUCUCUGCAAAGAGGUUGCUGUACCUCUCACAGGAUUAUCACGACUAUCAUCACGUGUGAUUUCUGAAUGUAAAAAUCCUGUGUUUCAAUAUCUGGCCCUGGUUUGUUUGUUUUUUCUUCCACUGUUAAGUUCUUUCAGGCUGAUUUUACAGCAGUGUGGUCGCUACAUGAGGUUUUUAAUCUUUGGUGGCCAAUAAGACGUAUGAACAUUAUCUGACAAAUCAUUUGGACGAAGGGUUUUGUUAUCUUUAAUCUGCUUUUACAUGAUGAAUUUGACGGCCUCUAACUAGGCCAGGUCGCUACAUCCAAACUGGGAAACAUGAAUUUAAAGUAUGCUGCGUAAAUGUUUUCCGCCCAGUGUAUUAACCUGUAAAUAAUGAUGUCGAAAAGGAAUUCAAAAACACAACAUAUGGCAAAUAAUGCUGUGUUCCAUGUGAACUGGGAAGUCGGAAUUUUUGAGUUCCCAGUCAGAAAUUUCAACUGAGAUGUCCCCUGAAAGUUGGACGACUCUAACCAACCCCAACCUCAAAAUCCAAGAUAGCUGCUCCGCACAUGUAGUAAAUACUGUUCAUUAGCACUUCUCUUAUUAAAUCAGUCGUACACACAGUACUGUCCAACUUCUAUCCGUGGACAUGUUGCUAUGGUGUUUGUAUGCGCAAAAUAUCGGAGUAAUGUGUUAUCAACUGUUAUUGCUAACAAUGGCUAACCUAGUUGAUUUCCGAGGUAAAUGGAACGCAGCAUAAGUCUGAUUAAAAAAAAUUAGAUUAUGCACAAUUUGAACUGAGUCGAUACAACCUUUAAAAUGCAUGGUGUAUCGUGAAUAUGUUCAGUAAAUGUUAUACUGACCACAGGUUAAUGCACUGGUUAAUUUGCUGGAAUGAGGCCAUUAUAAAAUGAAAGAUUUGGAUUACAAAAGGGGAAAAGGCAGCAUCUUGUGUCAAAACGCUUUCAAAAGUCUUCCCCUGUCAGUUGGUUUGAUAGUUAUAAAAACAUCUUCCUUUCCUUCAAACUUGCAAUUAGCAUCUGUCAAUUCCAAGACUGACAAGACCAGGAUAUGCAAGGCUGUUAUUUCUCAAAACAAGCUAUUUAUUUCCUUGGAGCAUUCCUAAAAAAAGUAUUUGAAAGUUGCAACUUUCAGCAGAUUUAUUCUAUGUGAAGUGAAACUGGGUGAGGAUCCUCAGCCACCAGCAGUCACCAACAAAGGUGCUACAUUAUUUCUCAAGAGGAUUUUAAAGAACUGCACUUAAACCUGUUAUAUUUAACAACAAUGUUAAGUUUCUGUUAUCCAGACAAGCAGCUCUGCACCACAUUGGUUUUCAAUCCAACCAGUCGCCACCGCAGACGAGAGGAAGCAGUAAGUGAGCGUUUGAUUGGAAGGAAAACUUGCAGCUUUGUGGUGGGGAGCUGCUAAACUUAGACGAGGCAGGUUUGAUAUUGUGGAAGCCAAAGUGUGCAUCGUGUCUGACAAGUAAAAUGUCUAAAAGGUGCAAAAACUGCAGCAACACAAGUUACUGUUCGCCUGCGAGGACGAGUGGAAGUUUGUUUAGCGUAGGCGGCAGUGCUGACUUUGUGGUUUUCCUCUGACAAAUAAUACAGAUCUAACCUUUGUAGAGGUCCUUUUUACAUUUGUGAUGAAAGUUACAGCCGAAAAUCAAGUUUUAUUCUAAAGUCAUGAAAACUGAAUAGAUAAAUGAAAAGAUAUAAAGAUUUCCAGUGAAAGACACUAAUUACUGUUAGUUUUGUUUUUAUGAAAGGUUUUAUAACUUUACAAAAAUCAGGAUGAAAAGAAUGACAACAGGACAUUUCAUCAAUGUCGGAUGAAGACCUCCUGCUCUCAUUCUGGAGAAUUUAUAUGCUUUCAUAUAAUUUGAAAGAGUACAUUCUCCUCUGUCAAUUCAGAAAUAUUUUAUGAUAAUAUUUCUGAGAGGGGAACUCUGAUUUUAAACAUAAAGUUCAGUUUACUACUCAGCAUGUGAAGACAUCUGUAUAAUGUGGUCUUUGGCUCGGGAGGGAGCUUUCUAAAGCUUGAUAAAAAAAAAUAACCCUGAUUAUGCAAUUGUGAUGUCAUCAGGGUUAUUUCAUCUUGUGUUUAGAGACUUAACAUUUAACAGAGAACCUGCGUUAUAUACCAAAGGUGUAGGAUUCGAAACAAGGAGGAAUUUAGAAAGCAGUAUGGAAAUUGGAGGUGUUUUUGCUAACAAACUAGGGACUGAAAGUCAGGAUGUCUCUGCCUCCGCUGCUGAGAUUUUGACCAAUUUGUCUCUUGUGAGUGAGAAAGUGAGCAACUAAAUCACUUUUUACCAAAGUUAUAAAGUGUAUACAAGUAAAAGAAAAAGGACAAACAAUAAAAUGAAAGGUAAAUGCAAGUAAAAACCAACAAUGAGACACGUUUUUUUGGGGAUGAUGAAUAAAAUUUGUUCUCAAAAAACUGACGAUCACUGAUCAGUGGUUUCUGGGGAAGCUUCUUAUUCUGUUUAAGUAUAGAAAGAGUUUCUUGCCGUAUUGAAUCUGGUAUUUCCAUGAAUGAAUGGAGGACUUCUACAAAGGCUACAGCUGUGUUUAAUAUGUGAGCAGUCGAAACCAAACAUGCUCAACAGCAUUUGUAUCAUCGCCCCACACAAAGCCCCGACUCUCUCCACCUCCUGUAGGCAAUAAACAUGUAAUUUUUUGAAGAGUC